AUGGCAGUCUCCCAGAAUCCCGCUGGCAGGGACUCGCUGUCCUCGCAGCCGCGAUGCCCGGAGCAGAUCCGUCUCCUGACCCUCAACUGCUGGGGCCUGCUUCACAUCUCUGCCCUCCGCAGUCCUCGGAUCCUCGAGAUUGGGCGUCGCAUCGCGGCCAUGGACGCUCCGCCGGACGUCGUGUGCUUCCAGGAGCUGUUCUGCCAGGAGGACUUCCAGGCCCUGCGCCGGGAGACGAGCGCCAUCCUCCCGCACGCCAAGUUCUACCACAGCGGUGCCUUUGGUGCUGGCCUCGCCAUCUUCAGCCGCUGGCCCAUCGCCUCCUCCUCCAUGGUCCCCUACCAGCUCAACGGCCGUCCCACGGCCUUCUGGCGGGGCGACUGGUACGUCGGCAAGGGCAUUGCCUGCGCGACCAUCCGCUUCGGCCCAGGAGCCCGGGACGUCCUCGAGGUCUUCAACACCCACACCCACGCCCCCUACGAGAAGGGCCCCAGGGACACCUACGUCUGCCACCGCACCGCCCAGGCCUGGCAGAUGGCCAAGCUCGUCCGGUCCGCCGUUCAGACGGGCCACCUGGUCGCCGCCCUGGGCGACUUCAACAUGCUCCCCGGCUCCCUCGCCCACCGCAUCAUCACGGCCAGGGGCGGCGUCCGCGACGUCUGGCGCAUCUUCCACCCCGAAAGCUCCCUCGGGCCCUCGGACCACCCGGACGAGGCUCGCCGCGGGCUGCCCGUCCCCUCCGCCGACUUCAACCUGCUCGAGAACGGGGCGACCAGCAACAACGUCCUCAACACCUGGCGCUGGACCAAGUCGGAGCAGAAGAAACUGAGCGCCGGCCACCUCUGCCCCGUGGAUCCGGACACCCCCGACCCCCGCGGCCAGCGCCUCGACUACAUCUUCGUCUCUACAGGCCAGUCCCCAGAUGCCGAUGAAUCCUCUGAGAGCUCAGGAUCCGGCUGGGUCGUCGAGUCCGCCAACGUGGUCAUGACAGAGCGCCACCCCGACCUCCUCGUCUCCCUCUCCGACCACUUCGCAGUCACCGCAACCCUCACCCGUCACACCUCCUCCGCGCCGCGGGAUCUAGGCGCGGCCACUACUGGCCCAGAAUCAGACUACGACGCCCAGCUCCGCUACGCCGCCAGCAACGACCACCACGAGGACAAGACCCUCUCCAGGUCCGAGUACACCUCCAUCCUCGCCAUGAUCUUCUGGUACGCCUCCCGCGAGCGCAGCCAGCGCCACUGGCGCGGCGUCCACUUCUACUCCGCCCUCGUCGUCUGGGUCGCCUGCCUGGUGGCCGUGUGGUUCAGCCCCCGCAACUUCGUCGCCUUCAUCCUCAUGCUCUUCGGGAGCGUCGUCCUGCUCGCCGGUUUCAUCGACGGCCUGCUGGCCUUGCUCUUCUUCUCCUGGGAGAUACGUGCCCUCAAGGAGUUCGAGUGGGAGGUGCUGAACUCGCAACCUCCAGCUCCGGCUGUCACUGAUCCCAUGGCUGUUUGUGAGCGUGGGCAGGGAGAUAAGAACGAGUACUAG